AGGAACAGAUGACUGUGCCAGAACAUGCUCAAAAGGAUAACACGAUGGCAGUGGAUAUCAAGGUUUUGACCUUAAAUGUUUGGGGGAUACCUGUCAUUUCCAAGAACAGGGAAGCGCGCAUGGAAGCUAUCGGAAACCAGCUCAUCACGGGACCAGAUGAAUAUGAUUUUGUGUUUCUCCAAGAAGUCUGGUCUAAGGCAGACUAUUGUUUCUUAGCAUCUAAAGUGAGCAAGGUGUUGCCAUUUUCACACUACUAUUUUAGCGGGGUCAUCGGAUCCGGAUUGUGCAUCUUCUCCCGCACACCAAUCACCGAAGUUCACUUUCACAAGUUCACCCUCAAUGGCUUCCCUCACAAAAUUCAACAUGGAGACUGGUGGGGCGGCAAAGGUGUGGCAUUGUGUAAAAGUCUGCGCCACGGAAUCCCUUUCAUCCUAGCAAACACGCAUCUUCACGCAGAGUACAACAAGAAGAACGAUGAAUAUGUGCACCAUAGGGCCGUGCAAGCCUUCGAGGCAUCGCAGCUCAUUCGUUUCUGCCAGAAAGCUAAAGCUGUACUAAUUCUAGCUGGAGACUUUAACUGCACUCCCACAGAUUUUGCCUACAGGGUUGUCAAGUUUUAUGGUAAUCUGGUGGACACCUACACUGAAAGUCCCAUUAAAGCACCUGGUUCAAAUGGAGAGACCAAUGAAACUCCGGCAAACAGCUUCACCAAUGUCAAGGCCUUAAUAGACAACCCUAGUGGCAACAGGAUUGACUACAUUUUUUAUCAAGCCUCUUCGACUCACAAAGUUAAAACCAAAGUGUGUGACCAGCCUUGGCCACAGAGAGUACCACAGCAAGAUUUUAGUUUCUCAGACCAUGAGGCUCUCCGUACAAUUCUCACAGUCACUCCCGUCAAAGAGGAUGAAAACACAGAGUCGAUCACAGAGAUUCAGGCAGAGACGGAUGCUCUUCUGGAAAGCUCGGCAGUGUGUGAGCAAGGCUUGAAGAAAGUGGCUGUCAGUCGCAGGUUCUACAUCACUCUUGCCACUCUUUUCAUCGUCUUUCAACUGGGCAUUCUUGUUGCGCUCUCUAUAGCCAACUCUCCAGGGUUACGGAUCUCUCUUGGCAUACUCUCCUCCAUUUUGAUGCUUUUCCUUGUGUAUGUUCUCUUUAUGGGUACAGUCUAUUACCACGUAGAGUAUAAUGGAGUGAAAUCAACUAAACUUGCAAUUAAAUCUCAUCUUGAAAUGUUAACAGAGAAAAAUGCUAAGAUUUUCGAAGAGGAAAGAAAGAGGUCACUAUCGUUCAUAAAAUGACUUCGGCAUUGUCAGUGGUGGAAGAUGGUCACAGUGAAACGUGAUAUUGCAGAGCUCAAAAGUAGUUCAGUAGUGAUACAGGUUCUUAGCCUAAAGUUUACCUGCAAAAUAACACGCGCGACAAUAAUGAAGUGAUAACCAGAGUCUGGGCGCUUGCUCAUUUUACCUACAAUAAUAUAAUUUUAUAUCUAUCCUUAGCUGCUUUAGGCCCCCCUACAGUGUAUUUUGUACCUCACUAUGAGCUUGUUUUUCCACCUAACAUCGGCAAGACUGUGAUUGCUAUUCUAGUUCGGUAAUGCAGAUAUUGGGCUCUAUUUUUGUAGUACCUAGUGUUAAGAACCUCUUCCUGCUGUUUUAUUGAAAUUUUUUGUGAAAUAUGCAUAUAUCAGCAAUAAAAUAUAUUGCAACAGUCUAAUAAAGAGGAUCACAUUUUGUUUAAAAAAUUAAUGUAAGGCACAUAAUGCAAUAUAUAUAUAUUUAGUAUUACAUAAUGUUAAGGGAAGACAUGGGUUAAAUUUUUAAAUUAUAUAAUACAAUAAAUAGUUUAAUUCA